UGUUCAAAAUAUUACCAUAUUACAAAGAAUAAGUGUGUUUAUACUGCUCACUGCAGUUACUCGUUGUUUUUACAAAGCGACGCCAUCGAAGCAAAGAUCUGUAUCAAAAGCAGUUCAUCAAGCGUUUGCUGUUGAUAUGUCGAACAAAGUGGAAGAAAUUAUUGAAUUUUGGUUUGGAGAAGGCCAUUGUAAGUGGUUCGGGGGCGGACUGCAGACGGAUAAUUUGAUUCGUGAGAAAUAUGGCGAUGUGAUCGAGAUGGCAUUUCAAGGUAAAUUAGAUGACUGGAAAUCAGAACCGAAAGCGAGUUUGGCUUUGAUUUUGAUAUGUGAUCAAUUCUGUCGGAACGUCCAUCGCGGAUCGAAGAAAAUGUUUGGCCUCGAUCACGUUGCACUAGAAUUAGCUAAGAAAUUUGUCGAAAGGAAGACACAUAAUCAUUUGGAAUUCCCUUUCUUUCAGCGGGUGUUUAUGUAUAUGCCGUUUGAGCAUGACGAAAAUAGUACCAGCCAAGAACUCUCCGUACAAUAUACCGCGCAGUUAUCCCUAAUAGCAAAAACGGACGACGAGAAGAACGCUGCCGUGAAUUUUUUGAAAUAUGCAAAGCUUCACAAGGAGGUCAUCGAUAAAUUUGGCCGCUUUCCGCAACGGAAUAUGUUAUUGCAACGCGAAAGUACUCCAGAAGAAGCGGAGUUCUUGGCCAAUUUGCCAUCAAAAUAUAAAUGGUGACAUUAACAAACGCCUCUCUUGAAGGAUGAAUUUGUUACACGUUGAUCUCUAUUAAACGCCCCAUUUCUAAUAAACGCCUUCCCUCAUUACGAUUGGGCCAUUAUUCAGUCGUUUGUCGAUUGGGCUCAAUAACCGUAUGUUUAGUCUUCGCUUUGUUUUCAUUUGUUCGUAAUAAAGUGAUAGUUAUGAUAUAAAAACAUCUCUCUAUUAACGCCUUGUAUCUAUUGAUGCCUCAAGAACUCCUAAAAUUUAUCAAUCGCCUUGGACCUUUAUUAGAUUAUGUUUUGUCAUAAACCACACAUAUACGCACAGAAUAUGUUCUAUCUAUCGCAUAAAAAAUGGUAUGUGCUUACAUGUGGGUAACUUGGAUGCGAAAGGUAAACACUGUUAAUACAUUAUGUUUUAAUUGUAAUUAUUUCAUUGUAAUAUGUAAUUGCCAAUAGCUUGUUGUAAUACAGAUCACAUGUUUUAAAAAUGAUUGUCAACUGCAUACAUUGCAUUUGUUAAAUAUCUCAAGUACAAUUAAAUAAAAAACAUGAAAUACAAA